AGAAGUAGUAGUAGUAGAAGAAGAAGACAGAAGCAGGAAGUGACAGGAGGAGAAGAUGUUGACGUUCAGUUUAACGCUCGUGAGACAUGGGGAAACACAGUACAACAGAGAGAAGCUGCUGCAAGGUCAGGGUGUUGACACUUCCCUGUCAGAGACGGGUGUGCUGCAGGGAGAAGCAGCUGGAAAAUACCUCAAAGAAAUCUCCUUCAACAAUGUGUUUGCCAGUAACUUACAACGAGCUGUACAGACUGCUGAGCUCAUCAUGAGGCACAACGCUCACUGUUCUGGCACGGAGAUGGUUCUGGAGCCGCUACUCAGAGAGAGGAGUUUUGGUGUCGCUGAAGGACGUCCCAAAGAGCAUCUGAAGAACAUGGCCAACGCUGCCGGCCAGUCGUGUGGAGAUUACACGCCACCAGGAGGAGAGACUUUAGGACAGGUGAAGCUGCGAUUCCAAAAAUUCCUCAAAAUCCUUUUCAAGCAAAUGUUGGAAGAACAUGGCUCGUGUGGCUCGGACGCUUCUGAGGGAGCGUUAGCAGCCGGAGACGCCACAAAGGUGACGGCAGCUGCCGCCUCGGACGUCGCCUCUGUCGGUGCGGCCGAUGACGGCCUGCAGGGUCUCGCGCUCCACGCUCUGGUAGUGAGCCACGGUGCCUACAUCCGCGUAGCCGUCGGGCACAUUGUGGAUGACUUAAAGUGCUCCCUGCCUGCAGGGGUGAAAAUGUCCCAGCUGACCGCACCCUGUCCAAACACCGGCAUCGGCCGCUUUAUCUUCACUCUGAGCCCGUCCGAGUGCGGCCCGGUCCUCUCUGCUGCUCGCUGUGUUUUCACCAACAGGAAGGACCACCUGGAGGAGCUCACGGCUGCUGAGUAGUGAGUAGAAGUUUUGUGUGUGCAGCAUCUGUGCACGUUAUAUCUAACACGUAAAGAAACAAUCAUGAACGCUAAAGGGAAUUAUGAGUCAAAGACCUCAAAGUUACCACAGGCAACUGAAAAGAGUACACAGGGUUUUUCUCAGUAUUCAAUAUGUUUUACUGUGGAUCAGUAUUAAGACUACUUGUGUGAUAUUGUAUUUUAAAACAUGUCAUCCUUCCAACUCCGGGCCAGUAAAGACUCGUGUGUCAGUCUCCAUACUUCAUGUUUUAUUACCUCAUUUGUUGCCAAAGUUGGACUAUUGAAUGUUUUAUUGAACACUGAUGAGUCUCCUGUGCAGCUGCUCGUUUCACUUGUGCAAUAUAAGAUGACAACACUAAAUCUUUGGUUGAGUUUUUAAUGUACAUGUAUAAUUUACAGAAAGAGUUUGCACAUAUCUGAAAAUGCUGUGAAACAACAUUUAUUGUUUAUGUUUAUGUGGGUUAGUGCUUUGUACUGAAACUCAUGUUUCCAGCUGUUUCAUUUGGAACUUUCACUUGUCUAAUACACAAGAAACAUAGGCUGCUAUAGAUAGAACUACCAUAGAUGUAUCUGUACCAUGUGAUUCAUGGUAUAUUUUCAGAAAUACUUUGUGUUUCUGUUUUUUCCAUCACUACUGACUACACACUCCUUUUAUCGCCAUGUAAGUACAGAAAUGAAUUACUUGAUGAACUUAAGUCUAACAAACCUUAUGCAGUAAUGACGGGUUGAAUAAAACAUCUUGACGCACUGCA